CGCGAUCGACCGAAGCGGCAUUUUGUUGGGGGAAAUUUGUAAAGCUUUUAUUUAUUGAAUUGAAAGAAAGGCGUGAUUUCCUGUGAUAUCAUCCACUCUCAAUAGCGCAUGGAACAUUGAAAAAUACAGCAAUCAUGAGUACUACAGAAGUAAAUAAAAUUGAAAAUGAAGACGAUAAUAAAACUCCCGAUAAGAAACAAAUCGAGGCAGAAGAGAAAGAAAUGAUGCUAAAAUCUGAAGCCGAAAACAUCGUGAUCGAUGCUUCGGAGAAGAAAGGAGCUGAGAACGAGGGCCCCGUAAAGGCGGCACUCUCGCAGGAAUUCACCGACCAGGGGCGUGAGGUGAAGCCGAAGUUCAUCCCUAUUGGCGCUAUAAAGAUGCCGGGCUUUUUCACAAGAAAUUCGGACAAAGAAAAAUCCAAGGAUGAAGAUGGUGUGGAGAAGGAGGGCGACACCGAGAAGGCGGACGAGUCGGCGAAGCCGCGCCACCGCCUGCAGUUCCUGCACGCCUGCCCCUUCACGCAGUUCAUGCACCACCCCAAGAACGAAGACGGAACAGAAAAUGCAGAGACCAAGAGAGGCAUCCGCCUGCCGAACAUCAAAUACCCCAAGUUUCUUCAGAAGAAGUCUGACAAGGAUGCUGAGGCUACCCUGGCCUCCAUGGAGACUCUGGAAGACAAACUGGACACUCCCAAUGAUGGCAUGGAGAAUGUGAAGCUUGAUGGAGAUGAGGUUGAAGGGAAGGUAGCAACCAAACUGCCACUGAAGGAGAGGAUAAGGCAGAAGAAGUUCAUAAUGGAUGACAUCGUGGUGUGCGUUGUGGUGGUGUUGGUGCUGCUGGCGGUGAUCAUCGGGGUGGUGAUCGGGGCGCGCGCCGGCCCGCCCGCCGAGCGCCCGCUGCGCCUCGGCCGCUACAUGACCACUAUCACCAGCUGCGGACCUGUUGAAGGUAUCUACAACGAGGGCGUGUACAGCUUCUACAACAUCCCGUACGCCGUGCCGCCGGUGGGCGAGCGGCGGUUCGCGUACGCGGCGCCGCUGGACGACCUCGCGCGCUGCUGGAACGGCUCGCUGGCGGCGCACGCGCCCGGCCCCGCCUGCCUGCAGCUGCUGGCGAACGGCACCGUGGCGGGCGACGAGGCGUGCCUGGCGCUGGACGUGGUCACGCCGCACGUGCGCUACGACGCGCCGCUGCCGGUCGUGGUGCUGGUGGGCGCCACCACGCUGGCCGGCGGGCUUGGCCCGCUGCAGCCCUCCGCCCUCUACGCGCGCACCAAGGAGGUCGUCUUCGUCCGCCCCAACUUCAGGCUCGGCCCCUUCGGCUUCCUCGCGCUCGACAGCCUGUCUAAGACCAAGUAUCCGGAGACGUCAGGAAACUACGCCCUCAGCGACCUCCUCGUCGCCCUCGAGUGGGUCAAACACAACAUCAAGCACUUCGGCGGGGACGAGAGCUCCGUGACGCUGCUGGGCCACCGCGCCGGCGCCACGCUCGUGGCCGCGCUCACCACCGUCAAGAAGGCGCAGAAGCUGUACUCCCGCGUGUGGCUCUCGUCUCCUUCCGUCAUCUUCCCCGGCGAGCCGCUCGAGCAGGCGGUCAAGGCUAACGAGCAGUUCAAGCUGAUCAGCAAGUGCAGCGACGCGGACUGCCUGCGCCAGAUCUCGGCCACGGAGCUGCUGGCGGCCACGCCGGACGUGUGGCUCGGGGACGGCAUGGCCAGCAUGCCGCGCGCCGGCGAGCUGCGCCGCUCCUGGCUCGUGCUGGACGGCGACCUGCUGCGCCAGCACGCCUACGAGGCCUGGGACGCGCAGAAGAAAGCCAAGCAGCUCGGCAAGGAGAAGGAGUUCAAGCCGAUGGUGUUCGGCACGACGCGGCACUCGGGCCACUCGGAGCUGCUGCAGGCGCGCCACCUCAACUGGACGGCCGAGCUGGUGGAGCGCGAGGUGAGCGAGAGCGUGCUCGGCGAGCGCAACCUGACGGCCGCCGUGUUCCAGCACUUCAACAAGACGUACGCGGGGCUCGUGGAGCUGAUGUCGGCCGUGCGCACGCUGUGCCCGCUGGUGAGCCUGGCGCGGCUGCGGCUGGGCGCGCCGCUGUACGUGGCAAGCGCGGGCGGGGGGCGCCUGGCCGCCGCCGACGCCGACGUGCGCGCCAUCCUCGGCACCUUCGACUCGGACACGCCGGAGCAGCGCCGCUUCAUGGCGUCCAUGCAGCACAUGUUCUACUACUACGUGGGGCAUGGCGCGCUGCCCGCGAGCGAGCCGCUGCUGCUGGUGGAGCAGGACCCGCUGCCGCUGCCGCCGCUGCCCGCCUGCGACCUGCUCAUCCAGGCCGACGUGGUGCCUCGCUUCGCGCACGUCGACUAGGCCGCGCCCACCACGCGCUCUCGCUUCCUGUCCUUGUCUUUCGGUGUUGUGAAACCUAUGUAGGUAUUUACCAAAAUAAUCGUUUGUAAUGUAUUUUAGUAACGUACUUAUUGAUAUUGCCCCUUUCGUAUCGGUUUUACUUGUACAUUUAUUUAUUUUCUAAGCAUAUCGUAUGCAUUAUGUAAUGCAUUUGCACGAGUUUUCCAAAAAGUAGUUGUAAGUUUUUGUAAUGUUCACUUUUGAACUAAGUAGAUCUGCCAUUUACUAAUAUUAUUUUAGGAAAGUACAAAAGUUUUUGAAGGUUUUUAUCAGUACCUAAUGCAAAUCUAGUUCAUUAGGUCGAUCUCAGUGACCAAAAUACUGAUUUAAGACUGCCAAUUUGAUAAAUAUGAUUGUUCACGUCGAAUCAUACCACAAGUAUUACACAAUGAUCUCUAAUUUGUACUGUGUACAGAUGUUGAAACAGGAUUUUAUACCUACCGAUUAAGAUAAGUCAUACUGUAUUGUUGACCAUAUCAUACUCAUAAACUAAGUAAUUUUGUUUAGUUCUAGUACAACUCUGUACGCGUCUUAGACGAUACGGACAUCGAUUAUGAAAGCCCCAAUUUAAAAUAAUCAUUGAUAGGGAUAGAAACUCAAUAUUCAGUAUUAGUUGAGCAACUAUGACAAUCUAGUUAUUGAUUCCAGUUUUCAUUGUUGUAUGUUUAGUUGAUCUAAGUCAUUUCCCAUUAUUAUUGUGAUUUAUUUAAGUCUGAAUAAUCCAAAGUGUAAUUUGUAAUAUGUUUUUUAUAAAACCAGUUUCUAGGUAGAUAGUGAAUAAGAUAGGGUUAAGUAUUGAAUGCGAUUUGCGUGUAAAAUGAGAUCCAGACAAUUUUACAGACACCAAUGUAGUUAAUGUAUAAUUUUAUAUAGUAAAUAUACAUUAAAUGAUAAAUAGUCUGGGUCUGAUUGAGCCGUAUGUAAGUAUACAUGUGAUGUGUUGCGGUCGCCGGCGCUCCAGUGCCCCGAUCUGCUGAGAAUGAGUCUGAUUUCCCUUUUCUUGCCAAAAUGCUUAUAUUAACAUGACUGUCUGCACGUAGCUUACUUUAUAGCUUGCAUGUAAUUUGUAAAUUUAUUUGAAUAAAUAAAUUGAAGACUGA